GUACAAUUCUGGUUCUGUUCGUGUUUGCUUUGGAAAUAUGUAAACUCAGAGAGGUGGGGUUUUCGCAUCUCUGAGUCAUGGGAAACGCUGCUGCCUGCAGAUGCAACUGUGAUUGUGAGCGUCGAUGUACUCGCUUCAUUGCAUCUGUUUGUAUGGCCGGGUGCCUUUGCAUUGGCGUUUACCUAUGCAUUCCUUACGCGACUUCGAACCCAUAUACCGUUGGCACACCACAAUGUGACGAGGUGUCGUGGGCAGCUGCGUUUCCCGGAAUUGUUGCUGGACUUUCUUGCUGUUGGUGCUGCGUUUUUCAUGCUGGCAGAGAGGCACCGGUUCCGACCGCAAUAGGGGGGUCUUGCCUCACCUUCACUGGUCUAUUCAUAUGUUCCAUUUGCUUGCUGAUUUUAAGCGGCAAUUGUGAGAAUCUGGACCAGCAGUUUGUGAUCUCCAUGUCUUUGCUGGUGGUGGUGCCGAUGUCCUGCCUUUGUUGCUGUGCAUGGUCUUCCGCUUGCACGACUUGCCUCGAGAACUGCUCGAGAGAAAGACCAGAGAGACCAGAUCCACCUCCGACGGCUCCCAGACGACGGCACACGCCCCGUGUGCGUCGGGCGCAACGUAUGCUGAGAGAAGCACUGAUCUUGGGAGACGGAUCUAUUGCUGACUUGCUUUUGGACUUCCGCGAGCGACGCUUUCAUGGUUUGUGGCGGAUGUACAGAUGCAUCUUCAUGACCUUCAUGCACUGCCAGCUGCGCUGCUCUUGCUGUGCAGGAGUUCCUGAAGAUGAAUCGCCGACCUCUCCUGUUUCAGAUCGAGGACACACGUCACUUUCUCCAACAUCACGAACUUCCAUAAGCCGAGCCUCACUCUUUUUCAGUUACGAGGAUGAGGAUGCCGGGGAAAUGGCCAUCCACUAUUUGGCUCGUGGAGAGAGGUUUGGAGAAGGCACAGGAGGUGCUUCUGCUGCAGCGCAGCGCUGUUUGAGCUGGGGUGGUCAGAGACGAACUCUGCCGGAGCUCACUGAUGAACGGCGCGCUCGGUUGCUGCGGGAGUUGCUCGGAAGUGGCCGGCUGCCCUUUGGACAGCUCUACGUGGUCAACGCCUUCGGACAAACUCCACUGCACUGCGCUGCCAGCUCGGGUUCCUCUGCAGUGGUCCAGGAAGUGCAAAUAUUGCUCCGAAGUCAGUCUGCUGCACUUGGAGCUGUCGAACACGUGGAAGAGGCAGUCGAGGAGGCGUUGUGGGCGGAAGAUGCCCAUGGAGAUUCACCUUGCGAGGUUGCUUUGAGGAGCGGCCAUGUGACUUGUGCCAGCCUUUUGGCCGGCGAGUGGGGCAAAUGGCAGGGUUUAUUGAAGGUCCCUGCGACGCGGCAAGCACUGCGUGAAUGUUUGGCCGGAGCACUCGGUCAAAUGAGCCCAGCACCGCCAGAGCAGGGAAACAACAGACAUCCAAAGCUGGUGGUUCACGAAGAUGCCGGGCAGCUGUUGUCGCUCCUUGAUCAGCAGAUCAGCGAGUUGCAAGCACUUUGUGGUUUGGUGUUGGCAAGCAACUCGGCCCAGCUUUUGCCACGGAAUGCCGCAGAAGCUCUUCUCCGAUGCAAUGAAUUCGAUGUGCAGGCAGCAGCCACUGCGUUCCGCAGAUCUCCAAGAGAUGCUUUGGAUGCUGCAGGGCUGCGAGGUUUGGAUCUUCAAUUGGCGAAUGCCGUAGACACGAGGGAGAUCAACCUGCAGGAUACGCUCCGUCAGGAAGCUGUGGUGCACAGAUCAGUAGCCAACCUUUGUAUAGUGUGCUUUGAUGAAGUUGACCCGAUGGAGUCCACCUGCAGAUUGUUUCUUUGCAAGCAUGUGAUUUGCGACAACUGCUUGUCUAUGCACAUCAAGGUGCGGCUAGACGAGGGAGAUGUCGCAGGAGUGGCUUGCCCAGAGCCCAACUGCAAAUUGCCAAUCUCGGAAGAGAUGCUGGCGCAUGUCUUUGGCAUGGGCAGUGCAGAGCAGAGCAGAUUUGAGCAGCUCAAAACUCUGAAAUUUGUGGACAUGAGCAAGAACUUGGCUUGGUGUCCAUCUCCCGGCUGCGGACGUGCCGUUUCCUGGCCACGCCAAGAAAGAAGCGACAACACGGAGAAGGCGAAGGCCACCACCGUGAUUUGCAGCUGCGGCACGUCUUUCUGCUUCACAUGCAAGCACUUGGGUGGCCAUGAACCUGCGCCUUGUCAAACUUUCUCAGACUUCCUCAAGAAUUUGGCGGUGGUCCGAAAGCAAAUGCAAGAUGAGACGCACCAAUGGCUUUCAAAGAACUCCAAAACAUGCACCUGUGGUGCUAUCAUCCAACGAAGCGGUGGCUGCAACCACAUGAUAUGUAGCGUAUGUGGCCGUCAUUUCUGUUACGUUUGCGGCCAAGAUUGGGCUCCACAUCGAGGUCAGCCAGGAGGCUUUGACUACUACGCAUGCCGUUUGCCGAACUCGGGCAGCAAUACUACUGAAAGAAGUCCCAAUCUUCCUGCUCCAGCAUCAGAGGAGCACAGGAAACUGUCAAAGCUGGAGCGGGAGUGUUUGCCAGGUUGGACAGCCAAUGAGCGCCAGCCAGACCGACUGAAGCUCCUUUUCCGAGCUCUACUGUGUUUGGCUGAGGAGUUUAACCUCGGCAUCAGCAUUGAAGAGCCUCGUCCUGGCGGAGAUGGUUCUUCCUUUUUCUCAGCUGCGUCUAGGGAAUCUGCAGGUCGCCAAGCGGCGUGGGAAGCCCUUUUAGCAUGUUUGAAGGCCAGGCGCUGUCUUCAAAACUGCUAUGUGCUCAAGUAUCAUUGGGCCGUGGAGCAGUGGCGGCGAAGCCGCUUGAGCACCUGGGUGCCCGAGCUGGAGGGGAUUGUGGGAGCGCUAGAGUCAGCUUUGGGCCUGACACUGCUACAAUCAGAGGCUGUGAAAGCAGGCUUCCCUACAAGUGCGGAGGUGGCUGCCACUGGAGCUUCUCCCAAGCAGUUGCCGAAGAACCCAAAGGAUAUACUUCGUCUGUUCGAUUUGAGGCAGCUGCUGCCACAGGUGAUUGCUAUUUCUGAAGCAUUGGGCACACUUCGCCAAUUGAGCCGGGCCGUGUCACUGCAAACUGCACGCAUUUUGGAUGCAGGCAAAACCGGUUUCCCAGAAGUUGGAGUAUUGGCCGAGACCUUCAGCAGGGCUUUCGGUGAUGGUCUAAGACGCACCAGAUCCGAGCGCUGCUCGGUCAUGUAAAAAUCGAAUUCUGAGUGAUAGGGAGCCACCAAGAACUUGGGGCAAGCUGGAGCAAGGAAGAACGAUGACCGCGACUUGCAAGCAAAGUCUUGCCCAUUGCUUAGUCAAGUGUGUUUUAAGAGGGGUUCAAAGUGCAGGACACAAAGUGACGAUGUGGAAGUACC